AUGUCUGAUUACUUUAGUUCCAGACCUUUGCAAACGCUCACACCGAUGGAUAAUAGGCCUUCCGGCGGUGGUGGCGGCGAUGAUGCCUCCUCCAUCCACUCAAAGAGCUCCCAGUAUUUGAUGGAUAUCUUACCGGAUUCGAUGACUCUGAAUGAAAGUGUCUCUUCUACAGUAGCCAACAAUCAAGCAAAGGAGUUCAUUUUGCCCGAAUCCGACGAGAGGUCUCCCUAUCACAUCAAUGUCCCUAUACCCAAGGCCCAGUCGGCUUCUACAGAAACGAAAAAGCCUCUGUCCGGUGAUGCAGACACUGUCGAUGGGCAGUUUGUCAAGGAGUAUCCUACUGACAUUCUUGUGGACAGAUUUUACAAAUGGAAAAAAAUCCUGAAAGGUUUGAUCAUCUAUUUAAGGGAGGUCGCUUAUGCUCAAGAACAAUUUGCAAGAAUYAACUAUCAACUGAAGGGGUCCGUCAAGUUUCCCUUCCUAACGGAUAUCGAUGAAACUACAAACACUAUUACAGACCCAUUUACUGCAGCUCCUAGAACGUCUAAGAAAUCGCAGCCAUCACAGAAGAAGACAGUGUUGACUGAAAAUGAACAGUUCCAAAUGCAAAUGCAACAAGAACAGAGAGACUACCCAUCCCAACCAUCCGUAGACGAAAGCACGAUGAGCUUGGCGCCUCACGAGUACAAGCCUGUUCAAGCUGCUGAAUUAAACAACACGUCUGCUGCAUCCGGGUUUGUUAAAUUUGGUUCAGGCUCCAUUCAAGACGUCCAAGUUAUUUUGAAAAAGUACCAUCUUUCCUUGGCUAACCAGCAGUUCAAAAUCUCUAAAGAAAUCACAUCCACUGUGAUUCCUAAGUUAGAGGAGUUAAGAAAGGAUCUGAGAUAUAAGAUCACAGAGAUCAAAGACAUACACGGUGAUUUCAAAACAAACAUCGAUGCUCAUGUUCAACUAACAAGCCAGCUGCUGAAAAAAUAUAUUGCGUCCGUGAAAUUCAUGAACGCCAAUGGUAUUGGUAACGACAAAGUCACUGCUACAAAUAAGAAGCCACACAAAUUAGACCCUAAACAUGAUCCGUAUCUUUUGAAACUACAACUAGAUUUGCAAUUGAAGCGUCAAGUUGCAGAGGAAACUUAUUUGCAAGAAGCGUUUAUAAAUUUACAAACUUCAGGUUUACAACUAGAGAAAAUCAUAUACACUAAAAUUCAGCAAUCCCUACUACGUUAUUCUGCCUUAAUCGAUUCCGAAGCUCGUCUUAUGAUUAAAAACAUGUGCCAGGAAUUACAACAUGGCAUAAUAUCAAAACCUCCUGCAUUUGAAUGGGAUAACUUCGUCACCCAACACCCUUCGUGUUUACUCAAUUGGAAAUCUAACGACCCCAUACCACCUCCAAGAAAGUUGUCUGAUGUUGUUUAUCCUCACAUGAAAUCCCCACUAGCCAAGUGUAUAAGAGCAGGAUACUUCUUGAAAAAAUCAGAAGUAUUGCCCACUUAUCACCAAGGUUAUUUCGUCUUAACGUCGAAUUACAUUCACGAGUUCCAAAGUAGUGAUUUUUAUAACUUAUCAUCUACAAGCUCAACUUCUACAAAAUCGUCAACUUAUUCAUCUUCAGCAUCGAUUGCUGACACUUAUGCCGGUGCUACAGGCAAUACUAAAGUUAACACUCACCAUCGCCACAGUAGCGAUGUGCAUAGUAAUAAUGCCGCCAACGCUGGUACAACCGGUGUAGCUGGUACUCGCUGCAUCCGCAAAAAGAGCUAUUUGGCGCCAAUUAUGAGUGUUCCAUUAAACGAUUGUACUCUAAAAGAUGCAUCGUCUACGAAAUUUGUGCUUGUAGGAAAGCCUACUCUUAAUGAAAAUGCCGAUAUCAGGAAAUCGAGCUCCAGUACACAUGUAUCCGGUGCCUCUCAAACCUCUUUACCAAAGUAUGGUCAUGAAACAGCAAAAAUAUUUUCUAAGGCCCCAUUCCACAAAUUUUUGAAGGGAGGUAAACCUAAAAAUAAGAAUACGAAGUCAAGUGAGUUAGACCAAUUUUAUGCGGCAGCACAAAAAGAAUCCAAUAAGUAUGUGACUUGGACUUUCAAAAUAGUAUCUCCAGAACCUACUGAAGAGGACUUGAAACAUUUCAAAAGAUGGGUCCAAGAUUUGAAAAACUUAACUAGUUUCAAUGAUACUAAGGAAAGAAUCAAGUUCAUUGAAGAUCGUGUAAUGAAAUCACAUCGAUUCAAAGCAGGAUAUAUGUCGAAAAAUAAUAUGAACAACGUGUUCCAUACGCCUUGCCUAACAGAUAGCUCAUUUGCAUUGCAGGAUGCCACUACGUCCUCUCUCAAUCCAAAUGGGAGGUCUGGAAAACCCCAGUAUAUUCAUAUUCAGAACAAUUCAUUGGCCGAUUUUGAUGUAAAUGAUUUUAGAUCUAGGGUUAAUACACCUGCCAUUGAUGAUUACGGUAACUUGAUUACAGUAGAAAGAAGAUCAGCACCAUCUCCGCACCAGUCCCCUGAUUAUGCAGCUACGUCAGGUAAUACAACUCCAUCUUAUUCAUCAGGCUCAAGGCCUCAGAGCGUGUAUAACGGAUACAAUCCAGCUGUAUCUAUAACCAGUAAUGGAAUGAUGCUACAACAGUCGGCAAUGAACAGUAAUAAUAAACCAGCAGCUAGCCUGCGUCAUCAAAGAAAUGUUUCACAAACAAGUUCUUUACCAGGCUUUUCAUAUACAUCUCCAUCGCUACCGGUAAACUCUCCGGGCAGUUCUAAUUCGGAAUCCAGCUCAGGCGGUUAUUUUGCCAUCCCUCUUCAUGGGAACAACAAUAACAACAAUUACAUGCAAAGAAAUUCUGAAGACUCCAGCCCAUCUUAUAAUGAAGAUCACAUACGACAACAGCAACCAAUGCAAUCUUUAUCAAGGACUUCAAGUUCCAGUAUAAUCGCUACAGGGAUGAGAAGUACAUCUGCUGGGAAUCCACCUACCACAAACGUAGCAAUUGUGCCUAAGGUAAUGGUUAAUAACCAAAAUGUUAAAACUGUCCCUGCUGAUCAGUCAGCUACGGCACCUUCAUCACCUACGUUGAACUCUUCCUCAACAACAACCAAUCGCGAAUCACCAUAUCAAACCCUUAAGAAAACAAACAGUACAGGAAAUGUUCCAUCUUUAAGCACAGAAAAAACACACGCGCACCCUGCUUUUUAUAAAAGGGGCAAUAACAGUGCUCAAAACUUGACCACUACUGGCACAACAGCUUCUAGAGUUCAUCCUGUCAGAAAACAUAAGAAAAAUGUAUCCUUCAGUUCUUUGAAUAGUUUGAUGUUUUCAAAAAAGGGCGCUAAUUAUGGUGGUAAUCUAAUGACCAACCAAUUUAUGAGUGGUGGGAUACAAGAAGAUGAUGGUGAUUCAGGUAAUAACGAUUCUAUAAAACUGAACCAGUCAAUCUAUUCUUAA